CCAAACGAUUUCCAUUUUACAAUUUGUAGGAAUCACGUCAAAACUACCAUAUUUAGAACUUCUUUACACCAAAUAACUGGGAACAAGAGAACAUACACAUGGCGUCUGCCGUAACUUCAAAGGGUUACACAGCAAUAUCUACCAAUGAUGAAGAUAUACAGGAGAAAGAUGGGGUUGAACAAAACAAUGAAUUGUCACCAGAGAUGGAUGAGGCAGCAAAGGAACAAAUGCGUUUGGUUCAAGAUAUAUUUCAUGUCUCCAAGCUCGGACUUCUGAUUCCAGUGCAAGAUAUAAUUGAUAGAGAUGGUAUUGGAGUCCUCAGUCAGUACGAUAAAGAUGGACAUUCACCAAUACAUUGGGCUUGUCUAGGGGGACAUAAUCAUGUUGUACGGUAUUUUGCACAAAUCAAGGCACCACUGGAUAUUGUUGCAAACAAUCAAUUAGGUGCUCAGCCAAUUCAUUGGGCUUGUGUUAAUGGUCAUGUUUCAACGGUGGAUAUCUUACUACAGGCUGGAAUUUCAAUAGACAGUGUAGACAACAAAGGUUGCACACCUUUGAUUAUUGCAUCACAAUAUGGUAGAACGAUGCUUGCUGGAUUUCUUAUGGGAAAAGGUGCUCGACUGCAGAUAACGGAUAAAGAAGGAGACAAUGCACUUAUGUGGGCUGCAUUUAAAGGUAAAUGUGAACUCACGAGGCUUCUCAUAUACUCCGGAUUUAACCCAAAACAGAAAGAUAAUUUUGGUCAAACUUCUUUACAUCUCGCAUCACUGAGUGGCGACUUAUUAACUGUGCAGCUGCUGUGUGAACAGGAUGGUGUUGACAUUAACUUGGAAGACCAUAAUGGUAAUACUCCAUUGAAACUUGCCAAAGGAAGAAAAUAUAAGGAGAUUCUUUCCUACUUUGAAAGCUUAAAAUCUAGUCGGAAUAGUUACCUUCCAACAUUUGACUUUAAGACAAUUUUCUUUGGACCUCCUGGAAAAACUAAAAAUGCUUUUAUGUUUUUCAUUAUUGCAACUUGUCUGUAUGGAUAUCCGUGUUAUUUAUUUAAAGUUUUGCCUUACACAAUGGAAUUUCGAACCGUGCACUUACUUUUUGGGAUAAAUACGUUGAUUAUGUGGUACGCGCUGCUGAAAGCACACAAUAUGGAUCCCGGUUUCCUUUCAAAAAAUGUGGAUGAAUAUGAUCAAGCUCUUCGUCAGGUUGCUUUCUUUGAUGAAUGGAAGCAAGGUCAAAAUCCCCUUACUAGACUUUGCCACACAUGCAGACUUGUCCGUCCAUUGCGAGCAAAACAUUGUCGUGUUACCAACAGAUGUGUUAAGCAUUUUGAUCACUAUUGUCCGUACAUAUACAAUGUGGUUGGUUAUAAAAACAGGCACUACUUCCUUUUAUUUUUGAUUGGAAUGUGGUUCACAUUAUUAACUGGCGACUACUUUGUGUGGUACAUGUACAAGCAUAUAGGCUUUGAUAUUAUUUUGUCUGUUGGUGGAAUUAUAAUGGCAUUAUUUACUGUUGUCACCUCAGGACUCGUCUUUUUCACGACCUACCAAGCAAUGACCAACAUCACAACAAAUGAACGUUUAAAUUAUCGCCGGUAUGAUUACUUGAAAGAUGGCAACGGCUCCUUUAGUAACCCCUUUGACCAAGGUCCUGUAAAAAACAUGCAGGAGUUCUUCCAUUGCAAAGAGCCUUUGGAAACUGUCCCAGAUUUGGAACACCGGGGCAGGGUAGAUACAGUGUGAGGGAAAGAGAUUUUUGAACUUGGCAAUUUGGCAUGUUAUAUUUGGAUCAGUAGCAGCUUGAAGCAUUUUGUAUAUUUUAUUUUAAAUUUUUAGACCGUGUUUUCUCUACUACACAGUACUUUAUCCUUUAUUGUUGCUAUAUUUAUAACAGUACUAACAGGAAAGCUGAUAAAUUUAA